UUUCUCUAUCUCCAUCUCUCUCCAUAUUAACUUCUAAACAAAACAUUCUUACAUCCUUAAUCAAAUUAAAUUUAUACACACACAUAUAUAUAAAUCCAACAAUCCUCUGCUUUCCCAUUCUGCAUAUUCUCUGUCACAACUCAGGAACCAAAACAGCAUGAAUAACGGGUACAAGGAAGACAGCAAUUGCAGCGGCGACUACUGCUACUUCCAUCCAAAGGAAGCGGUGGUCGGAGUCUGCCCGCUCUGCCUACACGACCGCCUCUUAGUCCUCGCCGCUGCCACCAAGCACCGCCACCUUUCCCCUUCUCCAACAUCUACUUCUAGUUCUUCCACGGCGGCGGGACGCCACAAGAAGAAGCCGUCGAUUCUGUUUGCUCUCGGCUCUCUGCUCAUCAACAGGCUCGAAUUCCGACAACCCAAAUCCGAUCUUCACGAUGACGACCACCAUUUCCCUGAUUAUGGUGAUGAUGAUGAUGAUGAUGAUGCCUCCACCGGCACUCUAGAAGAUUCUUUCAUUUCGAUCCAGUUCCAAGAUAAUGGGGUGGCCUCAUGGGAAAAAGGUGUGGAUUUGGUCUCUCAAUCCAAAAAACAUGACAAGAAGAAGAAGAAGAAGAACAGCCAAAGCCAGAGAAGGGAUCAGAACAAGGACACCACCACGAUCAUGCCAUUUUCUUCUUCUUCUUGUUCUUCUUCGACCAGCUACAAGGUGAAGGAAGAGGAGAUGAUGAUGAGUGUGGUCGAGCACGGGAAGCCACGAGCCGGGUCGAUGAGGUGGCGGAAGCGGAUUGGGCACAUGUUCCACCUCAUCAGAUGGAAGAGGUCCAACAGCAGCAAGGGAAAUGUGUGCCACGUGGGAUCCAAGGUGGAAGGGGUCAAGGUGGUCGGUAGCAGCAGCAGCAGGAAUAAUAAUAACAGCAAAGGCUGGAUAAGGACUCUGACAAAGAGGAGGGCCAGAGGAGGCAGAGAAUAGUGUAUUAUAACAAACACACAAUAAUAAUGGUGAAAAGGGACAGCUGAACCUUCCUUCCUUGCUCUUUUUGAGUUUUUACUCAAACAACGUGGACUGUUGACUCCCACACAGUAAACAGAGAGCUAUGGCUUUUGUGGCCUUGGCUUUGGCCCCAUGGACCUUUCCAAUUUGGAAGGGUAAAGGCCUCCUCCAGGCUGUUGAAGGUUCUGUUAUUUACUGG